CAUUAUAAGAAGAACAUGGAGCUAUAUUGUUUCAAGCCAAAAUACAAAGAACAAAAAAUGGGGGAAAAAUGGGUUAGAGGAGCAAUUGUAAUGUUGGUUUUGGUAACUGGGUGGUAUUAUUCUUGCUGUUGUGGGUGUUUGGAGGAAGAGAGAAUUGCCCUCUUAAACCUCAAGCAUUCAAUCCGUCCCCCAACUGGCAAUGUUCUAGCAUCUUGGGAAAGGCAUGGUGAUUGUUGUAAGUGGGUUGAGAUUGAAUACAACAUCACAACAAAGAGAGUGAUCAAGCUCUCUCUUAAUAAUACUAGGGAUUGGAACUUUGGACAUUGGUAUCUGAAUUCUUCUUUGUUUUUGUCCUUCAAAGAGUUGAAGAGUCUUUUCUUACAUGGAAACUACAUUUUAGGCUUCAUGAAGAAUGAAGGUCUAGAAAGGUUGUCAAGCUUAAGCAAUUUGAAGGUUCUUGAUUUGAGUUAUAACCAAUUAAACAAUAGCAUCCUAUCAUCUUUGGCAAGUCUUUCCUCCUUAAAAGUGUUAAAUCUAGCAUUCAAUGAGAUGGAAGGAAGUCUCCAUAAUCCAGGCGUUAAAAGACCAUUGGGACUAAGUAAAUUGGAAGUGCUUUAUUUGAGCGGUAAUUCUUUCAAUAACAUGAUUUUAUCUUCCCUAAGAGGGCUUCCAUCUCUCAAGAUUCUUGAUUUGAGCAACAACAAAUUAAAAGGACCACUAAAUAUUAAAGAAUUAGUUGCUUUAAAUGAGUUGAAUAAGUUGGAUUUAAGCAACAAUAAUGUCAAAAGUUUCAUGGCUCCCAAAGGUAUUAAAAGAGCAUUGAGCGUAAGUAAUUUAGAAGUGAUUCAUUUGUCGGAUAAUUCUUUCAAUAACACAACUUUAUCUUCCCUAAGAGGGCUUCCAUCUCUCAAGAUUCUUGAUUUGAGUAGGAACAAAUUAAAAGGAAUACUAAAUAUUAAAGAAUUAGUUGCUCUAAACAAUUUGAAGGAGCUGGAUUUAAGCGAAAAUGAAGUGGAAAGUUUUGUGGCUCCCAAAGAUAGUCACACUUUGAAGGAGUUAGAAGUAUUGCUUUUGGACGGAUCUUCUCUUCACAAUAAUUUUCUUCAAAGCAUUGGAACACUAAAUUCUCUUAAAGUUUUGUCCGUGUCCAACUGUGAGCUCAAUGGAACUUUGCCUAGUCGAGGAUGGUGUGAGUUGAAGAACCUUGAAGAGUUAGAUUUAAGUGGAAAUAAUUUUGAGGGAAUGCUUCCCUCCUGCUUGGGAAACUUGUCAUAUCUUCAGGUGUUGGAUGUAUCAUUUAACCAUUUCAGAGGAAAUAUUACCACCAGCCCUUUUACCAACUUGAAAUCACUUGAAUAUCUCUCAUUUUCAAAUAACAACUUUCAAGUCCCAAAUUCCUUUUCGAUGUUUGCUAACCACUCCAAGCUUAAGGUCCUUAUGGGUGAUGCCAACAAUUUGGUGCCAGAACCUCUCCUUCAAACUCCAACUCCAAAGUUCCAACUUAUAUUUUUGAGUUUGUCUAACCUCGCAUUAAAAAAACCUCCCUACUUCCUCCAUCACCAAAAUGUCGCUAGGUUUGUUGAUCUCUGCCACAACAACAUUACAGGAGGAUUCCCAUCUUGGUUGUUCAUGAACAAUACAGCAUUAGAAGCACUCCAUCUAGGAUAUAACUGCAUUUCAGGACCUUUGCAGUUACCUACACAACAUCAUUUCAACAUUGCAAUGUUAGAUGUAUCCGGCAAUAGUUUACUGGGAAAUCUUCCUAUAAACAUGAUCCCAAAUUCCUUUUCGAUGUUUGCUAACCACUCCAAGCUUAAGGUCCUUAUGGGCGAUGCCAACAAUUUAGUGCCAGAACCUCUCCUUCAAACUCCAACUCCAAAGUUCCAACUUAUAUUUUUGAGUUUGUCUUACCUUGCAUUAAAAGAACCUCCCUACUUCCUCCGUCACCAAAAUGUCGCUAGGGCUGUUGAUCUCUUCCACAACAACAUUACAGGAGGAUUACCAUCUUGGUUGUUCAUGAACAAUACAGCAUUAAAAGGACUUCGUCUAGGAUAUAACUGCAUUUCAGGACCUUUGCAGUUGCCUGCACAACGUCAUUUCAACAUUACAAUCUUAGAUGUAUCUGGCAAUAGUUUACAGCGAAAUCUUCCUAUAAACAUGAGUUCAGUCUUUCCCCAUCUUAAAACCUUAAUCAUGUCUAAAAAUUCAUUUGAAGGUCAGAUUCCUACUUCUUUUGGUGAUAUGAAAUCAUUAGAAUCUUUAAGCCUACCAAACAAUCAUAUCUCUGGGAAUAUCCCUGAUUCCUUUGGUCGUUUGAGCUUUUUAUCCUAUUUAGACUUGUCCAACAACCAGUUGUCUGGAGGAAUACCUGAACUUCUAGUCUUGGGUUGCCCCUUGAAUGUUCUUAGAUUGUCAAAUAAUAAUUUGGAGGGGCAAGUAUUUCCUCUUCUUUUCAACUUAACAAAGUUAUCUGUUUUAAAACUGGGCAGUAAUAACUUUGAGGGAAAGAUACCUGAGUUUUCAUCUAUCAACUCUUUUUAUCCAUGGAUUAUAGACAUGAGCAACAACCAUAUCUCAGGCAAGCUUCCACGAUGGAUGGGAAAUAUAUCAUUCUUGCAAGGGUUGUCUUUGGCCAAAAAUCAUUUUGAGGGUCCUUUUCCGAUAGAAUUUUGUGGCCUUCAUAACCUUGAAUUUCUUGACCUCUCAGACAACUACUUGUCUGGCUCUAUCCCAGAAUGUUUUAAUCCAAUUAGCAUUGAAUAUGUUCAUCUAAGCAACAAUAGAUUGAAUGGGCCAUUAACAAAAGCAUUCUCUCGUUGCUCUUCUCUGGAGACAUUGGACCUUACAAGAAACAAUCUAACUGGUAUAAUUCCCGGUUGGAUUGGCAGCCUACCCUCAUUGAGCUUUCUUUUGUUGAAAGCUAACUGCUUUGAAGGUGAAAUUCCUGUACAGUUAUGUCAGUUGAACAAACUAAAGAUGUUGGAUCUUUCUCAAAAUAAUCUUUCUGGUUCUAUACCUUUUUGUCUGAGUAAUUUAACAUUUGAGGCACUAGUUUCUUCAAAUCAGAUUUCUUAUUGGAUGACUGGAAGUGAAUUAGAAAUGAUAUGUUCACUGGUAGAAAUAUCGAGGAAAGAGCUGGCAAAGAAUGGGAUUGUGCUUUCAAAAUAUGGAUAUGAGUUGAUUAAAGUGGAGUAUUGGGUAGAGUUUACAACAAAGGGUAUGUCACAUGUUUACAAUGGAAGCAUCUUUCGUUACAUGUCUGGUAUUGAUUUAUCUUGCAACCGUCUCACAGGAAGGAUCCCAACUGAAAUUGGAUACUUGAAUAAGAUCCAUGCGCUAAAUAUGUCACACAACAAGCUAACAGGACUGAUUCCCACUACAUUUUCAAACCUAAAGCAGAUUGAAAGUUUGGACAUUUCCUAUAACAAUUUGAAUGGGAAAAUCCCUCCUCAAUUGAUUGAGCUAAACACUCUGGCUGUGUUUUCUGUUGCAUACAACAAUUUAUCAGGACCAACCCCUGAUCAAAAAGCUUAGUUUGGAACCUUUGAUGAAAGUAGCUAUGAAGGAAAUCCGUUCCUUUGUGGAGCUCCAUUACGGAUCAACUGCACCAAAAUUGAAUCACCAUCAAUUUUGACCAAUGUCUCCAAUUAUGACAGGGAAAAUAAUGGUUUGAUUGACAUGAGUGUUUUUUACUGGAGCUUUGUGGUAACUUAUGUUGUAGUAUUGAUGGCAAUUGCAACAGUUCUGCACAUAAAUCCUUAUUGGAGAC